CUCUCAGAGUGAGCUGCUUCGCAGGCCAGGCACAACAGCAGUGAGAAGGCAGGAAGCAGCCACGGCAGGCAGAGUUGCCAGCCCUCCCAGCUCCCCAGGCUAGUCAUCCAAGCAGCUGUGUAGCCAGAGACCUUCAGUGUGGUGGCCACAGCCCUCAAAAGUGAGCAGUCACUGGAGGCGACGUGGGGAGCAAGCUGGGAUGUUUCAGAUGCUGUGGCAUUUUCUGUCGAGCUUUUUCCCCAGAGCCGGGUGCCAAGGCUCCAGAGAGGGCAGCGGGAAUGAAGUCAGAGGCACCCCGGCCCCGGCUCGGAGAGACCAGAUGCCAAGCUUUUUGGGGAAGCAGGACGGAAGGACUGAGGCCACGGAAAAGAGACCCACCAUCUUGCUGGUGGUUGGACCUGCAGAGCAAUUUCCUAAGAAAAUUGUACAAGCUGGCGACAAAGACCUCGAUGGGCAGCUAGACUUCGAAGAGUUCGUCCAUUAUCUCCAAGAUCAUGAGAAGAAACUGAGGCUGGUGUUCAAGAGUUUGGACAAAAAGAAUGAUGGGCGGAUCGACGCCCAGGAGAUCAUGCAGUCCUUGCGGGACCUGGGGGUCAAGAUAUCUGAGCAGCAGGCAGAGAAAAUCCUCAAGAGCAUGGACAAAAACGGCACGAUGACCAUCGACUGGCAUGAGUGGCGAGACUAUCACCUCCUGCACCCCGUGGAGAACAUCCCUGAGAUCAUCCUCUACUGGAAGCACUCCACGAUCUUUGAUGUGGGUGAGAAUCUGACAGUCCCCGAUGAGUUCACGGUGGAGGAGAGGCAGACAGGGAUGUGGUGGAGGCACCUGGUGGCCGGCGGUGGGGCGGGAGCCGUUUCGAGAACCUGCACAGCCCCCCUGGACAGACUCAAGGUGCUCAUGCAGGUCCACGCCUCCCGCAGCAACAACAUGUGCAUCGUGGGUGGGUUCACCCAGAUGAUUCGAGAAGGAGGAGCCAGAUCACUAUGGCGGGGCAACGGCAUCAAUGUCCUCAAAAUCGCCCCCGAGUCGGCCAUCAAAUUCAUGGCCUACGAGCAGAUCAAACGUCUCAUUGGGAGUGACCAGGAGACGCUGAGGAUUCACGAGAGGCUUGUGGCAGGGUCCUUGGCAGGGGCCAUCGCCCAGAGCAGCAUCUACCCGAUGGAGGUCCUGAAGACCCGGAUGGCCCUGCGCAAGACAGGCCAGUACUCAGGCAUGCUGGACUGUGCCAGGAAGAUCCUGGCCCGAGAGGGCAUGGCUGCCUUCUACAAAGGCUACGUCCCCAACAUGCUGGGCAUCAUCCCCUACGCUGGCAUAGACCUGGCUGUCUAUGAGACGCUCAAGAAUGCCUGGCUGCAGCGCUAUGCAGUGAACAGUGCAGACCCUGGAGUGUUUGUGCUCCUGGCCUGUGGCACCAUGUCCAGCACCUGUGGCCAGCUGGCCAGCUACCCACUGGCCCUGGUCAGGACCCGGAUGCAGGCCCAAGCCUCCAUGGAGGGUGCUCCGGAGGUGACCAUGAGCAGCCUCUUCAAACAGAUUCUGCGGACCGAGGGGGCCUUUGGCCUGUACCGGGGGCUGGCCCCCAACUUCAUGAAGGUGAUCCCAGCCGUGAGCAUCAGCUAUGUGGUGUACGAGAACCUGAAGAUCACCCUGGGCGUGCAGUCGCGGUGACGGGCGAGGGGGCCAGCCGCCUGCGUGGACUCGCUGAUCCUGGGCUCCCAGCCCUGGGAUGUGUAGCCAUCUCAUUCUGUGAAUGUACCAACACUACGCUGACUGAAGCCAAGCUGUGAAAACCCUGGGGUGUGCCUGCAAAUGGGGGGGACAGAGCUGGCAGGCCCACCGGGUGCGUCCCGCUGACCCCGGCUGACCCGCAUGUCCAUUCCAGGGAGGACCUGUGAGUGUUCCUCAGGGCCCAGGGCUCAGCAGGACAUGGGCUCGAGCGCAUGGGGGUGAGCGCUGCCCAGGGGCGCCUGCCGAAGAGCAGGGCUGGGAGGCCGGCUUCAUCCUCCCGUCGCAUCCUCGCAGCCGGACCAUUGGCGCCGGCCGUCUUCUGGCCUGCUGAGCGUCUUCCCCGGGGGGCCCCCCUCACUUCCUUCCUCGCUGCUGUUUUCAAUGGUAGGAGGAGGCCCCCGGCCCUCUCCCCACGCUGCUCCUCUCCCCUCAGUCCGUGGGGAAGGAUAGUUGUACCUGAAACCUAAGCCCGGCUUCCCGACCGGCCACCCUGCCGCUGGCUGGCUGGUGCAGGGAAGAGGGAGGAGUCUGGCUCCCGAGCUGCCCAGCAGGCGGGCACCUGGAUGCACGUGUGCAUGACAGGGGGCCAGGCUGCCUGGCAUCCUGGCGCAUGGCUUCACAGGUCCUGGAACCCAGAGGGCCUCUGUUCCCUGCCGCUGGCGGGGGCUCAUGAGGCUCUGAGCUGGGCCCAGACUCUGUCAGGACUGGCACCAGCUCAGAACCAAGUCCCUCUGCCCCGCUGGCAUGAGGGCAGCGGGCAUCGUGUCAAAGCGGGAAGGGCCAUGUCUGCCCCGCGUCUGCACGCCCUGGCGAGAGAAGGAAAAGGUGUUCAAGGCCUUAAUAAUUACGUAUUGUUGGAAGAAGGGUUUUGUUCAGAAAGAAGCUGAACAAACGUGCAGGUUCUAGUCUUCCAGAAGGAAGACCAAGCCGAUGGCUUGGCUGACCGCAUUAAAGUCUGUUUCUGACGCCCCUGGGGACUCGCAUCCGAUCCCCCCGGGGGCCAAAUGGGACCACUUCACAUUCCGCAGAUGCAAUGUGUCACACUGCUUGGAGCCUAUUUAUUUUGUAUUUAUUUGAACAGAGUUACGUCCUAACUAUUUUUAUAGAUUUGUUUAAUUAAUAGCCUGUCAUUUUCAAGUUCAUUUUUUAUUCAUAUUUAUGUUCCUGGUGGAGUGUACCUUCCCAGCCCCUGUGAGGUGGGGUGGGGAGAGGAAGCAGGGGGCCGUGGGCGUGACCCUUGUGCCUGUCCAAAGAAAUUCCUCUCAGAACUGGUGACAGAAGAAAGGCAAAGAAGGCAGAAAGGCCCUGACCAGAGAGAGACGGGCCGUUGGCAGGUCAGGAGGCGGGGGCGGGGGGCAGCACCUAGGAAGCCUUAGGAGCUGAGGGUUUGAUCAAAGGGCGGGAAGAGGGAGGGAAACUCCCACCCCGUGAAGAUGAAGUCCAAAUCAUUUCUCGGACUGGGGAGGGAUUUCUUUAUUCCCCGCUUUUUGAAGGAUAGGGCAAUGAGGUACCUAUCACUGUGAGUUUGGGGGUGAGGGCCAGAGCAGAAGGCCACCAGCUCCCCCCGCCACCCCGUGUGCAGCGGGCUCCCUCUGUCCCGGCCACCACCCCCCACCUGCUGCCCCGCUCACUUAUGCUGGUCACCGUGCACGUGCACGGUCACACUUCUAUUCACCAGAAUGGCCUGAUGAGGACAAUUCAAACAGGAUGCAAAGAUCAAUGCAAAAAUUACUGUUAUAUACAAAUAGAGUUGUAACUGGAAUUGGUGACAAAGCAAAUUAAGAAAGAAUUGUCAUUUAAAACAGCCUUCUAAUAAAGUUUCAG